AAAUGGCGGCCGACAGUGGUAAAGCAAAUGUCGAGGUUGUGCGAAGCCAAACGUUCGAAUGUGGACCUCGCUACGUGAAUCUGAAUUAUAUAGGGGAGGGAGCUUACGGAAUGGUCGUGUCAGCUCUGGACAGCAAAAACGGCACCCGUGUAGCCAUCAAAAAGAUUUCCCCCUUUGAGCACCAGACGUACUGCCAGAGAACGUUGAGAGAGAUCAAAAUAUUAACCAGGUUUAAGCAUGAAAAUAUAAUUGAUAUCCGGGACAUCUUAAGGGCACCGACCAUCAGUGAAAUGAAAGAUGUUUACAUCGUCCAAUGCCUGAUGGAGACAGACAUGUACAAGCUGCUGAAGACCCAAUCCCUGAGUAACGACCACGUCUGUUACUUCCUCUACCAGAUCCUCAGGGGUCUCAAGUAUAUCCACUCAGCUAAUGUCCUUCACAGAGACCUCAAACCUAGUAACCUACUCCUCAACACUACUUGUGAUUUGAAGAUUUGUGAUUUUGGCUUAGCACGAGUGGCUGACCCGGACCAUGACCACACGGGGUUCCUCACAGAGUACGUGGCCACAAGAUGGUACCGCGCCCCAGAGAUCAUGCUCAACUCCAAGGGCUACACAAAAUCCAUUGACGUGUGGUCCGUGGGAUGUAUCCUGGCGGAGAUGUUGGCUAACAGACCGCUGUUUCCAGGGAAACACUAUUUGGAUCAGCUGAAUCACAUCCUUGGGGUGCUGGGCUCCCCCACCCAGGAAGACCUCAACUGUAUCAUUAAUGAAAAGGCUAGAGGAUACAUUCAGUCUUUACCUUACAAACCCAAGGUACCCUGGGAGAGACUGUUUCCUAAAGCUGACAAGAAAUCCUUAGAUCUGCUGGACAAGAUGCUGACUUUUAACCCACACAAGAGGAUAACAGUAGAGGAAGCAUUAGCUCACCCUUAUUUAGAACAGUACUAUGAUCCUGCUGAUGAGCCUGUCACCGAGGAACCAUUCACCUUCGAGACAGAACUAGAUGAUCUUCCCAAAGAGCGGCUAAAAGAAUUAAUAUUCGAAGAAGCUGUCAAAUUCAAAGAAACAAAGUAAGGUGUCCUGUUGAUGUGUCUAGGGGCGGAACUACAGAGAAAGUUUAAGGAGUGACUGACAGUGAGACCAGACAGAGCAAGUCACCACCUCAUUGGAUAGAACAUUAAACUGCCUUUAUGACCCAACCAAUCAAGUUCUUCGGCACAACUGGGUGUUUAGGUCAAGUGUUUUUCAGACCUUUUGAUUGGUGGACAGUUGUAUGGAAUGUUUGCUCUUUUGGCCAAGUAGAACUCUUGAAAGGUAGCUUUUAUCUCUUCUGGCGGAACAGAAAGAGGAGCAUUUACAGGUUUCACAUUUGCAAUGGAUAUGUUUUGUCUCUGAAGACAAAUUUUAUGUAUAUAUAUGAUGUUACCUCAUAGCUGAUGUUAUUGUGCGAAAAUAGGGACUAGGAGAGUAACCAAUACCAGAAAAACCAUUGAGGUGACUUUAUCUUUAUUAACUAGAAAGUAUCAUUGAAUCUGUAAGACCACUGUCGUCAGUUAUACAGUACAUUCAGUUCAACAGCUUUAUAUGUGUUAAAACUUUGAUAUCUUUGUUCUGUUAAAAGCUACAACGUUUCUUGAUGGCUCUUUCUGUGAAUGGCCUGUGUUAUCAAAGAUAUUUAAUAUGCUGUUGUUCAUUUGAAAUUUAUCGAAACAAAGAAUGGGUAGAAGAGUGUAGCAGAAUGAGGCAGGUUGAUUCCGUUUGAGGGUUAAUGCGACAUUUGCCUUACUGAGUGGCCAGUCUGUUGUAUAGAAGAAAACAAAAAGUGAAAUAUAUGUCCGAUGAAAGACCAGUACCGGUUGUUGUGGAAAACUGUUACAAUUUUUUACGAUUUUUUCCAAGUCAAUAAAAGGAUUUAAAUGCACCAAACACUGCAGUGGUCUUUGAGGAUCCAGUGGAUACUGGUAUCCGUGACAUCACAUCCACAUUUUUUGCUUGAAAUACUUUUUCAUGGUGCAUAUGGCAAACAAAUUUAUACUCUGUAUGAAGACGCAUUUUGAAUUCAGAAGCCUAAUACCGUGUAUACUCUGUGGCAAAAGAUGACAUGAUGCCACUGGUCGCUAUAUGGUCAGAAAGGAAUCCAUUGCAUUUUACUCUGUUGAAAAAAAAAAUCCUGUGAAAAAAUGUUCUUUUUCUGGAAAGUGCUAAAUGGUCUUUCAUUUGGCAGAUACUACAUUAAAGUGUUUUCUUUGUGUUUAGCACUUAACAGAGUUGGGAAAGAUGAUGUAGUGAGAAAUUGAGCAUGUGAGGAAUAGCAUGAUGUUCUGACGAGUUUCAGGUCACAGUCUUUGUGUUGUUGAAUACUUUUCCAGUUUGUGUGGGAUUUGUGACUGGAAUUCUCUGUUUUUGAUACCAUUGAAUGGAUAGGCAGGAGCAGUGGGGCAUUUCUUACUUCUGUUUUUCAUCAGUGAGUGUCUUUAAGUACAAAGAUCUGAAUGCAGUAUUUACUGAAUACAAGUGGAGGGUUGUUUUACAUGUGUUUUGACAAGGAAUCUUGUUUAAAAUUUACAUUUGUUAGUAGGAUUUAUGUAAACAUUGCAGAAUGGAUAAGCGAUGUGGGCCUUCGAGUUGUUGAAAUUUUCAAAGUAAAUUGUGUCAGCGUCUAAUAAAUAACUUGUUACACCAAGUCUUUGGAAAGUUUAGAUGAAUAAUAAUAUUGAAUUACAUGUAGGUUUUGACUUACCAUUGUUAAUCAAGAAAAUGUGAUUUUAAAAGAUAGCUCAUGGUUUUAUUCAUUUUCCUCUAAUCCUUGACAGAAAACCAUCGAUAAUUCCGGUAAACUUUGUCACCUUUUGAACAUUUGUUCCUUUUG